GCGUUCGCUGUGUGCGUGCGCGUACGUGUGUGUGUGUGUGUGUGUGCGAGAAAGAGUGAAUGAGAUGAAGAGAGCCCCCAUGAAAGAGGACAAAAACAUUUAAUCACAAAAGAGGGGGACUGAAAAAAGUGACAGAAAUUUCAAAGAAAGAGAAUCCUGCAUUUGGAGAUUAAAAGUCAAAUUCAUUUGGUCACAAGAUUUGACAGAGACAGAGGCAAACAGAGAAAGCAGAGGAGACAGGAAGAGGCAUAAGAAAGAAAAGAUAGCUAAUCAUCUCUCUGUUUUGAAGUGACUGCACCUACCAGCCGUUGCCAUGGGUGAAAUGGAGCAACUGCGUAAGGAGGCAGACAGCCUGAAAGAUCAGAUCACUGCCGCACGCAAGGAAUUUCAGGACCAGACCCUGCAGGACGCGGCUUCCGGGAUCACUGUGGUCAGCCGUGUCCAGCUGAAGACCAGAAAGACACUGAGGGGUCACCUGGCAAAGAUCUAUGCCAUGCACUGGUCUACCGACUCCAAGUUGUGUGUCAGUGCAUCACAGGACGGCAAGCUCAUUGUGUGGGACAGCUACACCACCAACAAGGUAAAUGCCAUCCCCCUGAAGUCGUCGUGGGUGAUGACGUGUUCGUACGCACCGUCAGGGAACCUGGUGGCCUGCGGCGGCCUGGACAACAUGUGCUCCAUCUACAACCUGAAGGGCAAGGACGGCAACGUGAAGGUCAUGCGUGAGCUGGCCGCGCACACAGGUUACCUGUCCUGCUGUCGUUUCCUGAGCGACAGUGAGAUCAUCACCAGCUCUGGUGACUGCACCUGCGUGCUGUGGGACAUCGAGACAGGCACGCAGAAGACCGUUUUUGCGGGCCACAUGGGCGACUGCAUGUCCUUGGGCGUGUCACCCGACUUCAAAAUGUUCAUCUCCGGGGCCUGCGACUACACGGCCAAGCUCUGGGACAUCAGGGAGGGCGUCUGCAGACAGACCUUUGGGGGCCACGAAAGCGACAUCAACGCCAUUGGGUUCUUCCCCAACGGGAACGCGGUGAUAACGGGCUCCGACGACUCCACCUGCAAGAUGUACGACCUGCGGGCCGACCAGGAGCUGAUCACCUACCAGGACUCCGGCAUCAUGUGCGGAGUCACCUCCCUGGCCCCGUCGCUGUCCGGCCGCCUCCUCCUGGCCGGAUACGACGACUUCAACUGCAACAUCUGGGACUCGCUCAAAGCGGAGAGAGUGGGAGUGCUGGCUGGUCAUGACAACAGAGUGAGCUGCAUUGGGGUGACGCCUGAUGGAAUGGCAGCUUGCACAGGAUCCUGGGAUAGCUUCCUGAAGAUCUGGAACUGAACCAGCCCUUGAGAGGCAGUGAGGAGGAAGGUUAACCAGACAGGGAGGGAGAA